ACACAGGGCACAAAGAAUGAAGGGAGGAUUGAAAAAGACUGCAUUUCAGGCAAAGGUGGCUCAGAUCAAGACGACAGGUAUCAGGGUAGAGAAGCACUUCAUAGAAGGUGCUGGGAGGUGAUUGAGAACAUCGAGGGCAGGAAUUCACAGCUCCUUCACAAGCUGCAAAAACUAGAGCAGGAGCACAAGGAUUUGGUGGAGUGCAGUGAAGACCUGGAAUCAAUUCUGGGAGAGACACAAACCCAAAGCAAGCAGGAGAAGGAACAGUUUCAGAGUGAGGUGGAGGGACUUCAACAACAAAUAAUAAGUUUAGAAGCAGAGUUACUUCAAGUGCAGAAGAACAAAGCUGAGAUGAAUGGGGACGAGCAGGCGUUGUCUGGAGCACAAGAGAUGCAAGAGAUGUUGAAAAGCUGUCAGGAAACAAUAGAAAAGUUGGGAAGUCAGCUGGGAGAGCGGAGAGAACGGAGGAAGCAGCUUGCAUCUGAACUUACACUCUUACGAGAAGAUCUGAAGGCUGAGAAGAAGGUGUUGGGCAGCCAGGGGGAUCUUAUUAAUAUAUCCCAUGAGAAGCUACAAAAAGGGAAUGCUUUGUUAGAUCCAGAGGUCUCCGAACUCCUACAAGAAAGAGAACAGACUAACAACCUCGAGCAGACACGUGAAGAUCUAUGUACAGAUGAAAAGAGAGAGGAAGAACAGGUCAAAAACUUGAGGGAUGAACAAGAACUGCUCUGUUCUGAGUUACUAGACAGCAACAAGAAGAGGGAGGAGCUAGAAAAGCAGCUGAAAGAGAGCAAUGAAGACAAGCAGUUAUUACUGGAAGAACUUGCCCAGCUAAACCAAGGUGUUCUGGCUACCCGGGAGCAGGGUGACAGCGCGCCUGGGGAGACUUUGAGGAUGAAUCAAGGCUUGGCACAUAAAGGGAACAGGCUUCCCGUGUCGCAGAGCUCUGCAGGCAGUUUAGAUGGGAACAUUAAACAGGGUCUGACCCAGGAGAGGUUCCAGCAGCAGCAGGAGAAGCUGCAGCAGCUCCGGCAGGACCUGCGCCGGGUUCAGAACUUGUGCAGCUCAGCCGAGAGGGAGCUGAGGUACGAGAGGGAGAAGAAUGUGGACUUACGAAAGCAAAACGUCUUGCUCCAACAGGAAUGCACCAAGGUCAAAGCUGAGCUGAAGCAAGCCCGGGCAAAACUCUUGGACACAACUGAAACAUGCUCCUCUCUCACAGCACAGUGGGAGAAAAGCCAGCAGAAGGUCAAAGAACUCGAACAAGAGCUCUUGAAGUGCUCCCAGGCUGAUAAACUGCAGGGCAGUCUGCAAGAGAAGCUUGCACAGGAGAAAUCCAAAGUGUGUGAAGCACAAAAGAAGAUUUCAAAACUCCAGCAAAAGCUGAAGGAUUCACAGCACCAGCUCCUGCUGGCAGAGGCGCGGGUUUCAGACAAGAAACUCCUGGAGGAGGAAUUGAAGGAGGCCCGAGAAAAUGAAGCUCGUGUGCAGCAAGAACUCCAUGAAGAGCAGCUGAAAAGGAAGCUCCCAGAGCAGCAGGUGGAGAUGCUACGGCAGCAGCUCCGGCAUUCCCGGGAGACGGAAGCGUCACUGGCCAAGAUGCACGUGGAGCUGCAGGCCAAGACUCUGCACGUCCUGGACAAUGAGAGGAAAACCGACUCAAGUGAGCACCUCCAGUGCCAGAAGGACAACCAGAAGCUUUCGGAGCAGCUCACUCUGCUGAAGGAGGAAAACAAAGCCCUUUAUGAGGAAGGAGUCCGGAUCCUGAGCCAGAAGGACCUGUGUGUCAGGAAAUACAACGAAACGCAGCUCCGCCACAAAGCCAAGAUCCGCAGGGCCAAGGAGACCUUCAUCCAUGAGAUGAAACAAAGGGACAGCAGAAUCAAGCAGCUUGAAAAUGAGCUCAGCGAGUCAAAGCUCCAAGUGGAAAAGGGGAAGAUGCUGGUUGCCCAGAUCACUGCCGAGAAUGAGAAACUACUCCAGGAAAGACGACGGCUCCUCCAGAAGAUAACUGACCAAGAGGAGACCCUGUGGAGCAACCGGUCCAUGAUCGCCACCCUGCAGAGCAGAGUGAAGAUCGUGGAUGAGGAGCUCAUGCAGCUGCACGAGAGCAAGCUCCAGCUCUCUGGCCAUGUGCCCACCUCGCAGCGCAUGCCAGGGAACAUCCACGCUCCCAACACGGAGGACUCGAAGAGCAUCAGCUCCUCCAAACGCCGUCUACAGAGUAAGGUGCUGCCAUCUCCCCAUCCCAGGUACUGUGGG